AUAUUCAUAGCUUCUGUUAGUCAUACUUAGUUGUCACCAGUUUCGAGGAAUGUGGUCGUCUCUCAUUAAUCUAGCGCAUCCUAUGAUUUGAAGAAAACAACGACGUAAGCCAGCGGAAAAAAAGCCAACAGCCAUUUUAAGAAGAAAAAGUAUAUAUUAGUCUCGGCAAGACCUAAGGCCCGUAAAACAUGAUUUUCGCUUGUAAAAUGUGAUGAGCGAAAGCUAUCUGUAUCGACAUGAACACCGUCUUCCCUGUUUCAGGAUUCAGCUUGACUUCCUUUCCAGUAAUCAUGACUAACUUUUCAGAUAUUUCAAACUGGACUAAUGAUGAUAGAUUUUCAGAACUCCGAAACUUCUCAUUGUGGUUAAUCGAGUUUCAGGAGCAUCUAAACAAUAUUACCGAGCACCCUAUCCACUCGAACGAAGUUUCUUCAACAGGAGCUGUGGAGGAGAAAAUUCGCCUGAUUCUUCCAUAUAGCAUUAUCUUGUUGCUGGCAGUGGUGGGUAAUGUUCUUGUAAUUGUGACCUUGGCUGUCAACAAGAGAAUGAGAACAGUCACGAAUGUCUUCUUGCUGAACUUGGCCAUUAGUGAUUUACUUCUAGGAGUUUUUUGUAUGCCUUUUACUCUUAUUGGCGUUUUGAUGCGUGAAUUCGUUUUCGGAGACGUCAUGUGUCGCCUCAUUCCUUAUCUGCAGGCUGUUUCGGUUAGCGUUAGUGCUUGGACCCUGGUUUCAAUUUCUGUUGAACGCUACUACGCCAUCUGUCAUCCACUAAAAUCUCGACAAUGGCAGACUCUAUCUCACGCCUACCGGAUGAUCGGGGGUGUAUGGAUGGGAUCGAUGACGUGCAUGCUCCCCAUCGCCAUCCUUAGUGAGUUGCAGCCACUUCGAAGAGUUGAUCGAUUCAAAUGUCGGGAAAGCUGGCCCACUGAGACAGCAGAAAAGCUGUUCAACAUUUUUCUGGACGUUGUCCUGUUGGUCACUCCACUGUUAAUUAUGAUAAUAACCUAUUCACUCAUCACACUAACACUCUGGCGAGCUAUACGUCCUUUUCGAUCUAGGACUGAAGGCAAAAGAAGAUUAGCCCUUAGGCGUGUUAGAGAAGUCCAAUAUCCAUUAACAACACGAUGCAGAAACAUCAGUAGUACUUUACCGAAUACCAGCCGUAGUACUUCAUAUAGCAGGGCUCAUCAGGACAGAAACAUGAGCAGUACUGUACGGAGAACCAACCAUGGUACUUCAUGUACAAGGGCUCAUCAGGACACAAAUGGAAGGGAACUACACACCAUACAGAGCGUUAGUAACCACGAAAGAUCGCUUGCUCAGAAGAAGCGUGUGAUUAAGAUGCUGUUUGUUGUUGUAUUCGAAUUUUUUGUCUGCUGGACUCCAAUACACGUCAUCAACACAAUAAGUCUCUUUAACCCUAUAGGUGUUUACGGGGGUCUUGGUUAUCAAGGCAUUUCUUUUCUUCAGUUGCUAGCUUAUACUUCUUCUUGCUGUAAUCCUAUUACUUACUGCUUCAUGAAUGCCAAGUUCCGUCAAAGUUUCAUCAACAUCUUUGGUUGUAAGUCUGAAAGGUGGCACGUCCAGUAUCCUAGCAGUAGAUCCGGAACGUUGGGAGGAACAGUUGGCCAUGCAGCAUUCACGGAAGGAAACAUUCAGAGACCCAAGUACUUCCAGGAGUUAUCAGUAACUUAUCCGAAGGAGGAAGCCACCCAACAAUAAACACGAUUUUUGAAAGAAUGCUUGGAGUGCCUUUACAAAGGGAUCUCAAACAUAAACGAAACGCCAGAAAGCUAAAUUUACGUAGUAAAGUAUGACAAAAUAUAUUUCAGUAACUGUAUGAAAUAUAAAAGUACAUAUUUAACCCAAGUAACUACCUUUUUCGA